UUUAAUCCCCAAUACCGCAAAAAUAAAUAAAUAAAUAAAUAAAUAAAUAAAUAAAUAAAUAAAAGACAACAGAUACCCACUCUUCUUCCUGGGCACCGAAAACCACAUAUCUGACCCCAACCCACCUGCCUGGGGCUGAGAAGACUGAACAAACAGGCAGAUGGCAUCAACUGGCCUUGAACUCCUGGGCAUGACUCUGGCUGUGUUGGGCUGGCUGGGCACCCUCGUAUCCUGUGCGCUGCCCCUGUGGAAGGUGACUGCUUUUAUUGGCAACAGCAUCGUGGUGGCCCAAGUGGUGUGGGAAGGGUUAUGGAUGUCCUGUGUGGUGCAGAGCACUGGCCAGAUGCAGUGCAAGGUGUAUGACUCUCUGCUGGCGCUGCCCCAGGACCUGCAGGCUGCCCGAGCCCUCUGCGUUGUAGCUCUCCUUCUGGCCCUGCUUGGCCUGCUGGUGGCCAUCACGGGUGCCCAGUGUACCACAUGUGUGGAGGACGAGGGCGCCAAGGCCCGCAUUGUGCUCACCGCAGGGGUCCUCCUCCUUCUCUCAGGCAUCCUGGUGCUCAUCCCAGUCUGCUGGACAGCCCACGGCAUCAUCCAGGACUUCUACAAUCCACUGGUGGCUGAGGCCCUCAAGCGGGAGUUGGGGGCCUCCCUCUACCUGGGCUGGGCAGCGGCUGCUCUACUCAUGCUGGGUGGGGGGCUCCUCUGCUGCACAUGUCCUCCACCCCAGAUUGAGCGGCCCCGUGGCCCCAGGCUGGGCUAUUCCAUCCCCUCCCGCUCUGGUGCAUCUGGUCUGGAUAAGAGGGACUAUGUAUGAAGCAGGGUACUUUGUAGAAGCCAGCAUCUGGGCUUUGACUUCUUUUGUCUUUUACCACCACCCCACUCCUGGGAAAUCUUUUUUUUUUUUUUUUUUUAAUCCAUUCUUAUAUAGAGGUUAGAUAACCUGGUUCCAGGAUUAGUCUCAGCUGGCCUGGAUGAGCCAACCUCAGUGGUCCCCUCUUCAUGGAACCAGGGCCAAAGGCCCUAUACUUCCCUCUGUAAUUGCUCUUCUGUUGUCCAGGACAUGGGCCUUCCCCUGCCCCAGGAACUUGGAGUCCACUGAAAUAACUGCAGCUCCUUGUCUCCAAAAUAAGGAGUCAAACCUGUCCUGGAGCUGGUCCAUUCUGGCCCAGCCAAUACUUGUAUCUAAGACGCUUGGGGCCAGGCC